UUUGCUCUCUCCUGCAUACUACUGAUUUAACGUUUGCAUGACGUAUAAUUGAAUAUCAGAGAGAGAGAGAGAGAGUGGGGAGAUCUCUAGCACAUAAAGUGAAGCCUCGAAUAAACUGUUUACAGUUUGCGUUCAGAACUAAGGAUAGACGUUUAGACGAAGAUGCUCUCGAUCCUUUUCUAUAUUGCCCUAGCAGGGUGUUUAACACUUGCUAAAGCUCAUACUUAUCACAUGGGUAGUUGUCCCAUAGUAGAACCUAUGCAUGGAUUUCAAAUGAACAAGUUUCUAGGAAUCUGGUAUGUCAUUCAGAAAACAUCUACGGCAAGUAGAUGCAUUUCUUACAAUUAUACUCGUGGCGAAGAACCAGGAGAAUACUUGAUAACUCAAGAUUCUGAUCAUCCUAUAUUAGGUCUUACACCACUGAAACAUGAGUAUCACUAUACCGGUGAAUUGAGUGUACCAGAACUUAGUACUCCAGCUCGAAUGCAAGUUAACUUCCCUCUUAGUAUAGCAGGUACAGCAUCUCACAUAAUCUUUACUACAGAUUAUGACAAUUAUGCUGGGAUAUUCACUUGUCAGAAAUUAGCUUUUGCCCAUCGACAAAGUGCAACUAUACUUUCAAGACGUCGUGAUCUUGACAAGAGUAUUAUCGAUAGGAUAAAAGGACAAUUGUCAGGUUACGGAAUAGAUCCUUAUGAUCUUAGUAUUAUUUCUCAAAAUGGUUGUCCACGGGAUAAUGAUACUCUCGACAUAAAUAUCGAUCCUAAUACUUUCACCGCUGAAAGCUUUGGCAGUGCCGUACGUAAAGCUGGCGAAAAGCUUGGCGAUGGUGUACAAUGGGUUGCACAUGCUGGUAGUAAAGUUUAUCAUAAGAUAACUGGUACUGAGGAAAGUACAACAUCGAAACCAGAGAAUACGCAUAGAGUUAUACCAGUUAUAAGAGAUUCUGGAAAAUACGAGACUAACGAAGUCGAAUGGAUUCCAUAAAAAUUUUAGAAAUGAUUGUUAACUUGAAAAAAGAAAAAGAAAAGAAAUGAUAUUAGUAAAUUUCUAUUCUUUUUUCAUUUUUUAUUUUAUUCUGUUUUUUUAUGCUUCUUAUAUAUCAAUAUAAAAGAAAUAAGACAUGAAAAGAAAGGAAUGGAAGAAAGAAAGAAAGAAAGAAAGAAAGAAAAAAAAAGACGUGUCAAGAUGGUACAAGCUUGUAAUUUCAAUUUUGUAAGAAAAUAUAUACGCGUAAUAUCAGAUUAAGUAGAUUAGAAAUACCAACAUUGAGAUGUAUCUUCUCGUAGGAUAUAUAAACAAAAAUAAUAAUACUUUAAACACAAAAUAA